UGAUGGUGAUGGGAACUGAUGUCACACCCCCGCGGCCUUAUCCCCCAGCCCCGAGCUUCCUUUUCUGCCCGUUUUAUCAUAUGGCUCCGACGCUACUUCCGGCUACUCCUUUCGCCGCCCACCUUGCUACUCGAACCCUUCCGCCGCACACUGCUACCUCCUCCUUUCACCGUCGACAGUGCUCUAGUCUCUUCCACCUCCAUUCCUCCUCUGACGCAUCCGCUGAAACAGCAGCCUCCACUGCCCUCCAGUGCCCACAUUUCCAGUCGUGCUCCGGUUGUACCCUGGAGCGGAAUCUUGAUCUCCCACCGUUGCUCCAUGACGCCACGGAGUUCUUUAACAGACUUGGCAUCUCUAAUAUUACCUUUGAAAGUGGUAGCUUGUGGGAAUGGAGAUGUCGGGCAAAGCUUGCUGUUCGUGGAACAUCUGAGACUCCCUUGAUUGGGUUAUACCAAGAAGACACACAUAAUAUUGUUGAUAUCCCAAUGUGCAGAGCUCAUCAUCCAAAUAUUAAUGCUGCAGUCGACCUACUAAAAGAAGGCAUUUCUAAGUUAAAAGUUGAGCCAUACAAUGAAGACUCGGGUACUGGUGAGCUGCGAUAUGUACAGAUGGCUAUAACCACAUAUAACACAUCCCUCCCAGUUCAAGACCGAUAUCUAAAAGGUCAAGUACAAAUUUCACUUGUUUGGAACUCAAGAAACGAACAUUCAGGGAAUCAGGAAAAGUUGAAUUCACUUUCCAAUUUUUUAUGGAGACAGGGUGGAGCCAGAAGUAACAGUCAUCUAAUCCACUCCAUAUGGGUCAACUUUCAGACAUCAAUGAACAAUACAAUCUUUGGAAACCGAUGGAGACAUCUUUCGGGGGAACGGGAUUUUUGGGAACAUAUUGGAGGAGUCGAUAUAUGUUUGGAUCCAUCAAGCUUUGGCCAGGCAAAUACACAGGCUUUUCAGUCCUUGCUCAGGAAGUUGCAGAAACAUGUUCCCUAUGAAUCAUCUGUUGUUGAUUUGUAUGCUGGGUCUGGAAUCAUUGGAUUAUCACUAGCUGCUGCUAGGAGAUGCAGAUCUAUUAAAUGUGUUGAAAUCAACAAAGAGUCAAAAUUAUCAUUUGAGAAAUCAGUUAACCGUCUACCAAAAGCUAUAAAUGGGAAUAUUAGCUGGCAUAAUGCAGAUGCUUCAAUUGAACCACUUCACUGGCUGGAAGGGUCAGAUGUUGUCGUUGUUGAUCCUACUAGGAAAGGGUUGCACCCAUCUGUAAUUGACGCAUUAAGGAAGAUUGCAUUGUCACAAUGCACAGUUAUGCAAGCAGUUGACACUAGUUUAGACAUAAAGGUGAAAGAUGAGAAGAGGCCAUGGGUUCUGCGUGCCAGGGCAGCUUCAGUUAAUGUGGAAGGAAAAACAACUUUGGAUAAGACUAUAUCAUGGCCUAAUACUCUUGUCUAUAUAAGUUGUGGAUGGGAAAGUUUCAAGGAGGAUUGCAAGAACCUGCUGUCGUCUCAGAUGUGGUAUUUGGAAAAAGCUUAUGCUUUUAAUUUCUUUCCUGGUACACAGAGCAUCGAAGUGCUAGCCGUGUUCAAACACGGUCCGCGAACAAGGCAAAAGGUUGUGUUCAAUCAGGGCAAAAGGAGAAAGAGGGAAACAAGGAAAAAAAAGACUCCAUGUAAGUAAUAGGUGGGAGCCUGAAUCUUUGGAUCAGGGAUGGGCAUCAGUCAAAAUUCAGUCGCUUAAAGCAAGUCAGGCUGGAGUUAGAUGACGAAUGAGCAAGUAUCAAGCUGUUGCUGAAAUUUAAAGACAGCCAGAUGAUCAAGUUAUGAUGCCUAGCUAUCCAUGAAAACUAGCCACCUCUCAAGAUGUCGUCUAAUUUAGCAAAUCAUGAUCAAAAAGGAUGGGGCACAUUCCUAGCGAUUCAUGAUCUGUAUAUCAAAAACAGCCAUGUGUUCUGAGAAUGCUCAUUAGCAUGAGAUUCAAACAAUGUGAUGUUCUAUUGUAUUCCUAACAUGUGCAUUCUUAAACAGGGGAAAUAAUAAGUUUUAACAAAUUCAUGCCAUGA